UCAGAGUAACGUAGUAUUUCUGUUGGUUCUAAAUCUAUGGUAGCCCUAUCCAUGGCAGAACUGCCUGGUUGUAGUGGUCAAAUCGUCCUUGCAAUGGGAGGGUUGGAUAACAAGAUUCACCUUUACUGUGGUGGAAGGACAGGAAAGUUUGUACAUGCGUGUGAACUAAAAGGGCAUACAGAUUGGACCCGGAGUUUGGAUUUCUCACUACCUGUUAGCAUCAAUGGGGAAGUAAACAAUCUUUUUCUGAUGGCAUUACGUAGCUCGACGCCCAACGGGAAUGGGGUAUACAAGAUGGAAGAAACAAGCUUAUCAUCAUAUAUAGAAGGUCCCGUACUUGUGGCUGGUUCGUCCUCAUUUCAAAUAUUCUUAGAAUCUCUUUUAAUUGGACACGAGGAUUGGGUAUAUUCAGUAGCGUGGCAACCCCCUUUGGUUGCAUCCGCGGAAGGAGAUGCCUAUUAUCAACCUCAAAGCAUUUUAUCUCCAUCAAUGGACAAGACUGUGAUGAUCUGGCAGCCUGAAAAAACUUCUGGUGUGUGGAUGAAUAUGGUCACCGUUGGCGAACUAAGCCACUGUGCUCUGGGGUUCUAUGGUGGUCAUUAGAGCCCAAAUGGAGAUUCGAUUUUAGCACAUGGAUAUGGUGGAUCUUUUCAUCUUUGGAAAAAUGUCAGUGAUGACAACUGGCUUACACAAAAGGUUCCCUCUGGUCAUUUUGCAUCAGUGACUGAUAUAGCAUGGGGUAAAUCCGGUGAUUUCAUUAUAUCAGCCAGCCAUGACCAGACAACUAGAAUUUAUGCGCCAUGGAAAGUAGAGGCUCCUCACAAAGAUGGAGAACUUUGGUACGAGAUUUCCCGCCCUCAGGUUCAUGGUCAUGAUAUAAAUUGUAUGACAGUUGUUCAUAGUAAAGGGAAUCAUCGUUUUGUCGGUGGAGCUGAUGAGAAAGUUGCUAGAGUGUGUGAAGCCCUGUUAUCAUUUUUGCAAAAGUCUUGUUAUUCUGAUGAUGACUUGACAAACGUUCAGAUUUUGGGUGCAAAUAUGUCAGCUCUUGUACUAUCACAAAAACCUAUUUAUGUUCAAGCUGUAUAUGAGACCCCUGAUAACAAUGGGAGGAUCACUAUGAUUCAGCAACUUAGAGGAUCACUAAGAGUGGGAGGAUCACUAUGAUUCAGCAACUUAGAGGAUCACUAAGAGUGGGAGGAUCACUAUGAUUCUAAACUAUGAGUGGGAGGAUCACUAUGAUUCAGCAACUUAGAGGA